UGUGUCAGAUCUUACCAAAGGGCGUGGUUUCAGUGAUUGGUCCCGCCGCUAGCCCUGCCUCCGGAUCCACCAUCAGUCACAUUUGUGGGGAGAAGGAGAUCCCUCACGUAAAGAUCGGUCCGGAGGAAAACCCAAAGCUGCCGUACCUUCGCUUCGCCUCUGUGACUCUGUACCCGAGUAACGAGGACCUGAGCCUGGCCAUUGGGUCCAUGCUGCGCUCCUUCGGAUAUCCCACCACCAGCCUUGUGUGUGCCAAGGCAGAGU